AUGAACUCUCCUUCGGGGACAAGAGCCCCACUGGACCCGGCCCAGGAAUCCAACGGCAUAGCCACCCCAGCUUCCCGCAGCAGGUGGGACAGCUCCUGGAGCAGCACCUCCAGCCUGGACCACCCUCCGCCCGUCAGCCCCACGGCAACCAGGGCUCAGGCUGCUGCCUGGGCCCCCUUUCCCACGGUCGAUGUUCCGGACUCCGCCCACUACGCCCUGGGCACGGUGAUCCUGCUGGUGGGGCUCACAGGGAUGCUGGGAAAUCUGACGGUCAUCUAUACCUUCUGCAGUUGUGAUUUACUUCAUGGAGUCAAUGUGAUGAUUAAGAGCAGAGGCCUCAGGACUCCUGCCAACAUGUUCAUCAUCAACCUCGCAGUCAGCGACUUCCUCAUGUCCUUCACCCAGGCCCCCGUCUUCUUCGUCAGCAGCGUCUAUAAGCAGUGGCUCUUUGGAGAGACAGGCUGUGAAUUCUAUGCCUUCUGUGGGGCUGUCUUUGGCAUCACCUCCAUGAUUACCCUGACGGCCAUCGCCCUGGACCGCUACCUGGUGAUCACACGCCCACUGGCCACCGUCGGGAUGGUGUCCAAGAGGCGGGCGGCGCUUGUCCUGCUGGGCGUCUGGCUCUAUGCCCUGGCUUGGAGUCUGCCGCCCUUCUUUGGCUGGAGUGCCUAUGUGCCCGAGGGGCUGCUGACCUCUUGCUCCUGGGACUACGUGAGCUUCACGCCAUCGGUCCGCGCCUACACCAUGCUGCUCUUCUGCUUUGUGUUCUUCCUCCCCCUGCUCGUCAUCAUCUACUGCUACAUCUUCAUCUUCAAGGCCAUCCGGGAGACGGGCCAAGCUCUCCAGACUUUCGGGGCCAGCGAGGGUGGUGGUGAGUGCCCCUGGCAACGGCAGCGUCUGCAGAACGAGUGGAAAAUGGCCAAGAUCGAGCUGUUGGUUAUCCUUCUCUUCGUGCUCUCCUGGGCCCCCUACUCCACUGUAGCCCUGAUGGGCUUUGCUGGGUACGCACAUGUCCUGACGCCCUACAUGAACUCGGUGCCAGCUGUCAUCGCCAAGGCCUCUGCCAUCUACAACCCCAUCAUUUAUGCCAUCACCCACCCCAAGUACAGAAUGGCCAUCGCCCAGCACCUGCCCUGCCUCGGGGUGCUGCUGGGCGUGUCAGGCCAGCGCACUGGCCUGUACACCAGCUACCGCUUCACCCACCGCUCCACACUGAGCAGCCAGGCCUCAGACCUCAGCUGGAUCACUGGACGGAGGCGCCAGGUGUCCCUGGGCUCUGAGAGUGAGGUGGGCUGGACAGACACGGAGGUAACAGCUGCUUGGGGGACUGCCCAGCAAAUGAGCGGAUGGUCCCCCUGCAGUCAGGGCCUGGAGGAUGUGGAAGCCAAGGCCCCUCCCAAGUCCCAGGGACAGAAAGCAGAGGCUUCCGGAAAGACCAAAGGGCUGCUCCCCAGCCUGGACCCCAGGAUGUAG